GGGAACGCACAGCAUCGCUUCAACAUGAAUCAUUACGCUACUAAGAAGAGUGCAGCGCAGAGCAUGCUGGAUGUGGCUCUUCUGAUGGCGAACUCCUCUCAGCUGAAGACAGUGCUGCAUUCAGGAGCACAGCACCGCUUCUACGUUCCUCUCAUCGCUCUGAUCUCACUGUCCAUCUCACUGCAGGUCAUUGUUGGCCUCCUGCUCAUCUUCAUUGUGAAGUAUGACCUGAAUGAUGUUAAGAAUCAGCCGAGACUUAACACAAUGAAUGACGCAGCAACUGUGUUUGUGUUCUUUACUGUUCUUAUCAACAUCUUCAUCACAGCUUUGGGAUUUGAGUCUGGAGGGGGCAGUGUAAUAUUUGAAACUGCACUCGCUCAGACCAGAUCUUUAAACUUCAUUGAUGAUGUAUAAGCACACAAGGACUGCUCACAUGAUUGUAUUGCCACUCAACCUGCCUUUCAUGUCAUCGACAUGUAUUUACCAAACAACUUACUGGACAUUGUACUCCAUAUCAUAUCUCAGCAAAAGAUCUCAUGUGAUAUUUUGUAAUGUUUAGGCAGCACAUCUGAACAAACUAUGAAUUUGUCUUUUUCUCAGUUUAUGUGAAAGACACCUUUUUACA